AUUGACUGUCUGUUUGUUUGUUUGUUCAGACAUAUUGAAAGAGGCGUUCAUCUGAUCGCUGGCUAUAAACACCUAUUAGUUGUUGUUUGGGAUCAAAUCAAUCACUUUCUUUGACAAAAAUGUUUUUGGAGUCCAUCUUCAACUCAGACAAUGGCUAUUUGGAGGCAUUGGUCCGCGGAUUCAAGUGCGGUAUAUUAAGACAACCGGAUUAUCUGAAUUUAGUUCAAUGCGAAUCACUAGAAGAUCUUAAGCUACAUUUGCAGAGUACAGAUUACGGUAAUUUUCUGGCCAACGAACCGUCACCGCUAAACGUAUCGGUUAUCGACGAUAAACUACGGGAAAAAUUGGUUAUCGAGUAUCAGCACAUCCGUAAUCAUGCUGUGGAACCGUUGGCCACUUUUCUCGAUUACAUCCAAUACUCUUAUAUGAUCGACAAUAUUAUACUAUUGAUAACUGGUACUCUACAUCAGCGGCCACUAUCGGAAUUGAUUCCCAAAUGUCAUCCGUUAGGUUCGUUCGAUCAGAUGGAGGCCAUCCAUGUGGCGGCCACACCGGCCGAUCUGUACAAUGCCGUACUGGUCGAUACACCGUUGGCACCGUUUUUUGUCGACUGUAUCGGCGAACAGGAUUUGGACGAAAUGAAUGUCGAAAUCAUCCGAAACACACUAUACAAGGCUUACUUGGAAUCGUUUUACAAGUUCUGUAUGGAACAACUGGGCGGCACUACCGCCGAUGUUAUGUGUCCGAUAUUAGCGUUCGAAGCGGACAGACGUGCGUUCAUCAUAACAAUCAAUUCGUUCGGUACGGAACUGUCCAAAGAGGACAGAGCCAAACUGUAUCCGAAUUGCGGUAAUCUAUUUCCCGACGGUUUGGCUGCACUGGCCAGAGCCGAUGACUACGAACAGGUUCGCAGUGUAGCCGAAUUUUAUGCCGAAUACAAGGUAAUGUUUGAAGGUCAGGGCCAGUCAGGUGCCGGCGGCAAUGGUGGACAGGAAGACAAGACACUGGAGGACAAGUUUUUCGAACACGAAGUCAGUCUGAAUGUCAACGGAUUUAUGCAACAGUUCCACUUCGGUGUCUUCUAUUCGUAUCUGAAACUGAAGGAACAGGAGUGUCGUAAUAUUGUAUGGAUUGCCGAAUGUGUGGCACAAAAACAUAAGGCAAAGAUUGAUAAUUACAUUCCAAUCUUCUAGAAGAAGAAGAAGACUAAGAACAAGUUGAAGAAGUAGAAGAAGAAGUUGAUCCCAUUAGUUGAACACUUAGAUUAAGUUAUUAUUAUUUUUGUUUUUUUAAUUCAAUAAUAGGUUUAUUAUUAUUAUUAUUAUUCUUCGACUGUCACAAUAAAUUUCUAAUAAUUUUUUUUUUGGUUUUACUUUUUAUGUUUAAUAUGAAAUAAUUUUAUGCAGUAUUUUAUUUCUCCAGAAGCUCACACCUCCUUAUUAUUAUUUUUUAAUUUUUGGUGGAUACCUUACUACUACCCCCCCCUCACUCCCUCCACCACCCCCCAAUAUAAUGAUACAUUUAAUAGUCAAUUGUUUAACACACACACACAACAACAAAAAAAGCUGUACAACAAUUAUUAUCAGUAAUUAUGAUAACAAUUGAUUAUGAGAUUAACUAAUUGAUUAUUAUUUAAAAAUAAUUAGAGACAUUAAUUGUGAUUUUUUUUAAACAUAUAUAAUUUAUUAUUAAUUAAUUGUAUCAAUUAAAUCA